GCCACCACCGCCACCAUGUCCUUCUUGGAAUCCGCGCUGGAGAAGAAGCUCUCAGAGCUGAGCAACUCGCAGCAGAGCAUGCAGACCCUGUCUCUGUGGCUCAUUCACCACCGCAAGCAUGCAGGACCCAUCGUCUCAGUGUGGCUCCGCGAGCUGCACAAAGCCAAAUCAAAUAGAAAACUUACUUUUCUAUAUUUAGCAAAUGAUGUCAUCCAAAACAGUAAAAGGAAAGGACCUGAAUUCACUAGAGAAUUUGAAUCUGUCCUUGUGGAUGCUUUUUCUCAUGCUGCCAGAGAGGCAGAUGAAGGCUGUAAAAAACCUUUAGAAAGAUUGCUGAACAUCUGGCAAGAAAGAGGUGUGUAUGGCGGUCAGUUCAUACAGCAGCUGAAGCUGUCUGUGGUGGACUCCAAGAGCCCUCCCCACAAAGCAACAGAGGAGAAGAAAUCUCUAAAGCGAACUUUGCAACAGAUACAAGAGGAGGAGGAGGAUGACUACCCUGGAAGCUACUCUGCCCAAGAUCCUUCUGCAGGACCCCUCUUGACUGAGGAACUAAUCAAAGCUUUGCAGGACCUGGAAAAUGCUGCAUCAGGGGAUGCUACUGUCCGACAGAAAAUUGUUUCUUUGCCCCAGGAAGUGCAAGAUGUUUCUCUGCUGGAAAAAAUAACAGACAAAGAGGCAGCGGAACGUCUUUCAAAAACAGUAGAUGAAGCAUGUCUGUUACUAGCAGAAUAUAACGGGCGCCUGGCGGCAGAACUGGAAGACCGGCGCCAGCUGGCUCAGAUGUUGGUGAAGUACACCCAGAACCAGAAAGAUGUUUUGUCAGAAAAGAAGAAAAAACUAGAAGAAUAUAAACAGAAGCUUGCUCAGGUACCCCAGGUCCGCAAGAAACUGAAGUCCCAUAUUCAGAGUCUGCCAGACCUCUCAUUGCUGCCCACCGUCACAGGGGGCUUGGCCCCCCUGCCCUCUGCUAGUGACCUCUUUUCUACUGACUAGCGCAGGUGCCAUGCCCCAGAUUCCCAUCUCUACCAGCAGAAAGAAGAGGGCAAGUCAUGGUUGGAAAUAACCUUGUAGCCCCUGGUUCUAUCCCUCCUUCCGCCUGGCCCCCAGCCUCCAGAAAGAAUCACAAACUCUGGUUCUCCUCUCCAGCCUUUUCUGUUGCGCACAAUUCAGAACAGUGGUGAGUGGAAUCCAGUUUAGAUUGAUAUUUGGAAAGAAUACAAACUCUCCCACUUUGUGUUUUUAUGCCCUGUUGGUUUUCCAUUCUUAGCUCUCACUUUAUACUGAAGAAGGUAUGAAAAUCAUGUGUACUUCUGGAAGCUUUCAGAAGAAUCUUGUCCUUGAUGAUAGCAUUGUGUCAUGAAAGCAGCUUCCGUCUGAGCUGGGCUCGUUCAAGUUCAGUACAGGCUUCCACUGAGGAAUUCAACCUGGAGUCACUGGCUUUCCUGCUCCAUCAGCCCCAAAGGGAGGCACAACUGUCGAGCAGCUUUCCCAUAAGGAGUUUGCUAAAUCUCUGAUUCUCCUCUACUAUUACUUCUGGCGAUGUAUAGUCAAGGGCUGGGUGCAUUUUUUUUGUAAGAAGACUAGAGAAUCUAGCAAGGAGAUUAGGAGCUGAUCUGGGACAUAAAAUCAUAGUUCAGAGACAGAGUAACAGGAAUUACAAGGAUGAGUUUAAAAUAAGUACUUUGCUUCAGGUUCCUACAAACAGGCUGCCCUUUUCAAGGGUCUACCCAGCGUCAUAGGACACCUUCCUAAAAACAGCCUUCUGACCCCAGUUGGCUGUGAAGGUGCUUGUUAGCAAUGGCAGUGGUGGGCCAAAAAGCUAAAGGCAUGCUGAGAGCCUGGGUUCUGUGUGGGUGCUGCUUUGACCCUUUCUUUUGGGGAGUAGGGCACACACUAACAAUUCACUGUGUGGGCAUAUGUCCUCAGGAUGGUGACUGCACUUGCUUAUCUCCCUUGCAAAUAUGACCGUGCAUGCUCAUCUGUCCGUCAGCCACAUCAUUGCACAUGUCCCUGUGCCCAGGAGUACUUUGUAUCAGAUGUUACUGAAUAGCUCAUCUCCGGCAGGGGAAGGGGGAAAGUUGGGGAUAUUAAUUUU